GAGACCCUUGAUAUAUUCUGUACUCCGUAGAUAUCCUGUAAAUGUCCAGAGACAUCUUCGAUUGAAUUAGGGCUUGGAUACCGCCACGUGGUGAACCACACUCCAUCGCAGAGAUGCAGGAUUCGAGAGAAUUAGAUUGAAAUCUCAAUCUCAUGCAUGCCUAUAUUAUUUAAUAUGUAUGCGUAGUGCAUGAUGCAGAAACAUAUGUAUGUACAUACAGUGUUGGCGCCGAUCUCUAGAAUCAAUUGCCGAAGACUCGGAAGAGAUCCUAAGAGUUAAGACAAACCCUUCAUACACUCAACAUUAGGACGCCGAAGGAUUUAAUUCAACCAUGGAUUGACCCUUGAUAGCAUGACUAGAAUGCUGACGAGCCAUGGAACCGCGAAAGGCAUGGAGACGCGCCGAUCAAAUUAAGCGGAACCCCCUUCACGUUUCAUCUUUGCCUCUCGCUUUUCUCUUUUCCUGUCGGUGAGCAACUAAUUAAUUACUAUUAGUCUGCUGACGGGCAAGGGAUACUUGGGGCUUUCUAGACUUCGGUCUCCUGCAGCUCCAGUCUGUCAAUUGAUUUCCCCAUUGACCGGUUCUUCGCUGUUCAGACGUUGCCCGGAGAAUCAGUCAUGUCUUGGUCGCGAUGCAGCAACUCCACCGUCACUUGCUUCAACUGCGCCAAGCGACUCUGCUGAGGCUGAUUGCUUUGACGGCGACCUUCUUCAUCGUUUGUACUGCCAUCUCCUUCCUAUAUUUACAUGACAGCACCGUCGGCCCCGUCCUCGAUGCCGGAGUGAAUCCGUCGGUCCCUGCCGGCGAAUUCAACGGCACCUGCUACGUCGACCUCGACGUCCUCCGAUCCUACACCAAUGCCUCCGCGGUGGAGUACGCGCGCUUGGAAAUCGCCGUCGCACCGACUCCCAAUUUCACCAACUUCUCCGACUCCCUCGAUGUUUCCUUCCCUGCAUACCACCCCGUUCACCUGGAUACCGAGAGAACACGCGAAGGCGUGCCCGAAGAAAAAUGCUCUACGUCCCUAACAAUCCCUGGCCCCGUGGCAAGUGCCCCGGUCAAUGCGUCGCAUCUGAUCUUCGGCGUGGCGACUUCUAUUGAGCGACUACAUAACUCCCUGGACGCAUUUGCCCACUGGGCGGCGGGUACGGGCGCACACAUCAUCGCCGUGGUCGAUGAAGGCGGAUCGCUGCGGACUCAGACGGAGGAGCGGGCCACGCAGUUGGGUCUGCGUCUGACGAUUAUCCAAAAAUGGGACGAGGAGGUGCUGGACCGAUACUUCUCGCUGGUGCGCAUUUUCCUCGAACACCGCGACGCGUCGACCCAAUGGGCCGUCCUGAUCGACGACGAUACUUUCUUCCCGUCCAUGCAGAACCUGGUCGACCGGCUGGCCUCCUACGACGCCACACGCCCGCAGUAUAUCGGCGCGCUCUCCGAAGACAUGUGGUACCUAUACCUGGCCGGCCACAUCGCGUACGGCGGCGCCGGGGUCUUCCUCUCUUUACCGAUGGUGGAGCGACUGGACGAGGUCUUCGACGACUGCUAUCUCUUCAAGGGCGCCGGCGACGGCAUGAUCGGACAAUGCAUCUACGCGCACACGGAUACCAAACUCACGUGGGACCGCGAUCUCCACCAGGUCGACCUGCGCGGCGACGUGUCGGGGUUCUACGAGUCCGGGCGGUCCCUUCCGCUGUCCCUGCACCAUUGGAAGUCCUGGCAUCAUACCGACGUCGCCGCGCUGGGCAAGGUGGCCGCCGUGUGCGGCUCCGAGUGUCUGCUGCACCGCUGGCAGCUGGCGGACGGCUGGUACCUGAUCAACGGGUACUCGGUCAUUCAGUACUCGCGCGAAUUUCUCGACCCGGCGGCGAUGGAGCAAACGUGGGAUGACAGCAAAUACGAAGGGUCGAACCCGUUCGCGUACAGCUUGGGACCGCUACGGGGCAAGGACCAUGAGAAGAUUUCCUUCCGACUGAAGGAGGCCAUUGCAGACGGCCCAGACCGGGUGCGACAAAUCUAUUUGCGCGAGCGAGGCGAGACCGAAGCUCCUCAGGUCUUGGAGGUGGUCUGGAACCGAGCGUCAUGAGCGUUCGGCAAUCCGUGCGCGGAAAUGAGAAACAAGCCACCGUGUUUUCAGGAGCUCCGGGCAAUUCUCUGCAGAGCUUGGGAUCAUCCUGGCCUCGUCAUUCCCUCGUUUUCUGGCGUUUAUCAGUGAAUCUCAUUAAUCUCAUAGUCGGCAGGUUUUCUCCACUGCGGGGCCUCAGGUAUCGAGCCUUCUAUCGCUUUGGGACCCGGAUUGAAGGUACUCGAAGGAAUUCCGAACAGAACAAGAAGCUAGAUGGGUAGAUAGAUAGAUAGACAGAUGACACGAUGUCUUUUAGACUCUGUCUCUGCCGAAAUGAAGAUAUGAACGACC